CGGAGUGCGGCUUCUAUGGCAUUUAUGACAAGAUUCUGCUGUUCAAGCAUGACACGUCCACCAACAACAUCCUGCAGCUGGUUAAAGGUGCCUGUGACAUUCAGGAGGGAGAUCUGGUGGAGGUGGUGCUAUCAGCGGCAGCCACGUUUGAAGAUUUUCAGAUUCGGCCCCAUGCACUUAAUGUUCACUCCUACCGGGCCCCGGCCUUCUGUGAUCACUGUGGAGAGAUGCUGUUUGGACUGGUCAGACAAGGACUCAAGUGUGACGGAUGUGGACUAAACUACCACAAACGCUGUGCAUUCAGCAUCCCGAACAACUGCAGUGGUGCGCGCAAACGGCGUCUUUCCACCACCUCCCUGAGCAGCAGCCAGUCCCUGCGCCUCACCACCACUGACUCAGUGUACAGUGCAGGGACAGCCUCCACCUGCGCAGAGGAAACAAGCCUCAUCCGCUCACAGACACAGAUGCCACGGACCGCUAGUGAUGCCCGGCGCUUUUACACGGGCCGACCUGUUCAUCUGGAUAAGAUCCUGAUGAGCAAGGUGAAGGUGCCCCACACGUUUGCUGUCCACUCGUACACGCGACCGACGGUGUGCCAGUACUGCAAGAGACUCCUGCGAGGGCUGUUCAGGCAGGGCCUUCAGUGCAAAGACUGCAAGUUUAACUGCCAUAAACGCUGUGUAUACAAGGUCCCCAAUGACUGCCUUGGGGAGACCAUUGGAGACAACAGAAGUAACUGUGACAUGCUGAGUCCCAGCACCGACCCUGAGGUGCCGAUGGACUACAGCAGUGAGUACGACGCCUCGGACAAGUCUUCAAUAGAUGACUCGGACGAGGCCUGCAGCAUCCCUGGCUCCUUCUCCCCGGACAACAACCAGGACGGAAACAGUGGAGACCAAAGUGUUUACAUCCCGUUAAUGAGGGUGGUGCAGUCUGUGAGACAGACAACCCGUCGAUCCAGUACGUCUAUCAAGGAAGGGUGGAUGGUUCACUACAGCAAUAAGGACACACUGAGAAAGAGGCACUACUGGCGUCUGGACUGUAAGUGCAUCACCCUUUUCCAGAACAACACAACCAACAAAUACUACAAGGAGAUCCCUCUGUCUGAGAUCCUGGAGGUGCGUCCUGCUGGAAACUUCUCACUUGUCCCUCCAGGCACAAAUCCUCACUGCUUUGAGCUUAUCACAGGCGCUAUGUGCUACUUUGGAGGGGAAGACCCCAACACACUCCCACCGCCAUGCCUCAACCACCCCCAGACUCUCCCCCCGACCCCUCCCUCCCCCAGCCAAGUAGCUCCCAACAGUGGCAUUGGGCGAGAGGUGGCCAAGGCGUGGGAGGGCGUCAUUCGCCAGGCACUCAUGCCCGUCAUCUUCCAGGAUGCCCCGCCAGCUGAGGGGAACACAACUCACAGACAAGCCUCAGUCAGCAUAUCUGUGUCCAACAGUCAAAUCCAAGAGAAUGUGGAUAUUGGUACCGUGUACCAGAUUUUUGCUGAUGAAGUUCUGGGAUCUGGGCAAUUUGGAGUUGUGUAUGGAGGAAAGCACAGGAAGACAGGGAGGGACGUGGCUGUCAAAGUCAUUGACAAGCUUCGCUUUCCCACCAAGCAGGAGAGCCAGCUGAGGAACGAGGUGGCCAUACUGCAGAGUUUACGUCACCUGGGCAUUGUGAACCUGGAGUGUAUGUUUGAGACCCCAGAGAAGGUGUUUGUGGUGAUGGAGAAGCUGCAUGGUGACAUGCUCGAGAUGAUCCUCUCCAGUGAGAAAGGCAGAUUGCCCGAGAGGCUCACUAAGUUCCUCAUCACCCAGAUUCUGGCAGCUCUGAGACAUCUACACUUUAAGAACAUCGUUCACUGUGAUCUGAAACCUGAAAAUGUGCUGCUUGCCUCAGCUGACCCCUUCCCCCAGGUGAAGUUGUGUGACUUUGGUUUUGCCCGAAUCAUCGGCGAGAAGUCUUUCCGCCGCUCGGUGGUCGGCACCCCGGCCUACCUAGCCCCGGAGGUUCUCCUGAACCAGGGCUACAACCGCUCCCUGGACAUGUGGUCGGUCGGCGUCAUUAUGUAUGUCAGUCUGAGUGGCACGUUCCCCUUUAAUGAGGACGAAGAUAUCAACGACCAGAUUCACAACGCAGCCUUCAUGUACCCUCCCAACCCCUGGAAACAGAUCUCCAGUGAUGCCACCGACCUGAUCAACAACCUGCUGCAAGUUAAGAUGAGGAAACGCUACAGCGUGGACAAGAGUCUCAGCCAUGUAUACCUACAGGACUAUCAGGCGUGGUUGGACCUGCGGGAGCUCGAGACCAAACUCGGUGGGCGUUACAUCACCCAUGAGAGUGACGACACCCGCUGGCAAAUGUUUGCCCGUGAACACACUCUGCCUUACCCUUCUCACCUCGUCCCUCCUGCUGGGGCGGGCUCUGACGAAGAGGACGGGGGGGAGGAUGCAGAUAUGCAAGGCCUCACUGAGAGGGUCAGCAUCCUCUGACCAGAGAGGCACAGAGGACUCGAGAUUAUUAAGGAAGGAGGAAAGAACUAGAGGGAGGAUUGUGAUGGUCGACUUAUAGCCUGAAAAGCAUGGGUCUGAAAAGUGUCCAGCUGACUUUACAGCAAUGUUAUCUUUCACCUCCGCCACUUUUGACCCUCUUUAUCUUUUGAAUCGUUGAACUCUACAUGCUGAGGACUGCUCGUCUCUAUCUUACAUCCUCUGUGCGGCUGUGCUGGCAGUUUUUACAGACUACAUUAGAGUCAACUUUAAAUCAGAAUGUCUCGCACGAAUGACGCGUGUCACGUUCUUUUCCUAUCAAUGCAAAAUGCUUCACAGUUAAGCAGGAAAUGCCACCUCACCACAAGCGAUAAAGAGUGUCUUUGCUGGGAGGUGUGUUCGGUCUCAACAAUGGAGUGAAUAUUAAAAAUGAAACUGUCUCCCUUUUUAAAAGAAAACUUUGCUUUUGCUGUCAUUUAAUUGGACUGACUGGAAUUACCGUCGCCAUUAUGCAUUCGGUAAAGAUUGGUUUUAAUUUCUCUUCGGUGCUUUACAGAGACAAAGGUCUUCCUCUGGGCUGGAAAUUACUAAUGUGCAGGCAUGGAGGCAAACCCAUUUACAUUCACAAAUGCAUCCCCAUAAGUGCAUGCCCUGUAGUUAAAACGGGAGGGCAUUCAGAAAACCAUGUGCAAUUACCACUAGUUUUGAGCCACAAUAGACUCUUGGGAAAUACAUGUGAUUAAAGAUGUCUGUGCGGGUUUAAAUGAACUCCUGCUUUGUGCUGUUCAUAAGCUGAUUUUCUUUCCCCACCCAUCUCUAAAGUCAAACAGUUGUGUAUUUGCAUCAAAUGCUGCCAAUGUAAGCACAUGUUUUACACCCUUAACAGGUCAAUGGAGACUUGUUUUGGACAACACAGCUCCUCGUUGACUGUUGUGAAGAAGAAAAGAAGUCUUUCUCUCUCGAUGUGGUUAGUGCUUUGGCAGACAGCUUGGGUUAGGAAACUAGGUUUUGGAGAGUGAAUGCAGUUUGAUUAUUGACAACCUGUCAAGUCAAUAUGUUGCAUGUUUCUGUGAAGUAGUAGAAUGAUCUAGAUACAAUAUAAAACAUACUGUAGUUAUGAUGGUCUAUUAUACACAUGUGUAACCUAUGUAGUUGUUGAAUAUGCGUAGACUGUGUAUGACAUGAAGGAUAAUCCUAGCCUUGGUAACAGAAAAUACAAAUGUUGAACAAUA